AUGCUAGGCACGGCCGACGACGACUCCGCCGCUGCCGCUGCUCCUACCCGCGCCCCUACUACUAUGCCUACCGCCGCCGCUACUGCCUCCGCUACGCUAGCUACCCUCACGUCGCCCUUUAGGGUAAUAACGCUAUCCCCGCCGCUACUUAUAACGCCCGGCCCCUCGGCCCCCGCCUCCGUCUCCGCUACCCCCGCCGGUCUAUCCCUCCUCGCCGGACCGAGGUAA